AUGGUACCUGCAACUAUCGACUUUCCUGUUUCAAACAAGACUAAAUUAACUACUUAUCAAGAAUUUGAUAGGCUUAAUGGAUAUACAAGGAAACAAAUAGUUAAAAAGGAUAGGCAUAGCAAAAUAAUUACAGCUCAAGGUCCAAGGGAUCGAAGAAUGAGGCUUUCCAUUGGUACUGCACGUAAGUUCUUUGAUCUUCAAGAAAUGCUAGGUUUUGACAAACCAAGCAAAACCCUUGAUUGGCUGCUUACGAAUUCGAAAAUAUGGUGGGGUGGGGUGCGAUGGGGUGGGGAGUUGCCAGUUAAAACACGCGCGAGAGUGCCAAAGCAAACUGAAAGAGAGACAUUAGGAAUUCGGAUCCGAUUAAUCCAUUAA